AUAUUUGAUAUUCACAAAAUCUGUUUGUGCAGAAAAGCAGUUUGGAGCUGGAACUGUAAAUGGACAAAGCAUUUGUUUCAGUUGAUAUUCUUCGCAUUUGUGUUAGAAUUUGGGUAGAUGUUACACUGUUCUAUUAUUAUGACUUGUUGAGUUCAUCUGCUUAGCUCUUUUAUCUCCUGAACAUGAUACCUUUGAACUUAUUCAUGGCCAGUGAUACUUGCCUGGUUAUAACUUGGUGUUUGAUUUUAGUGAUCUGGGUUAAGUUUGAAUGCCUUUUGAAAAUGUUCCGCAUCAUUGAUCUGAAGAAAUUGGUAUUCAAUUGGAGGCUAUCUAGCAUCCUAAUGUUGUUUUACAACACAUUACAUAAGAUGACUUAGAUUUUCUUCAUAGACAACUCUACAGUUGGUUCAUUUCUUUGAGAUCCGCUUUCAGUGUUUCUUGGACGGACAAUAUUAAGUCUCUUAUGAGUAGUAUUGCUUUCAAUAAGCAAGGGUGAUAAAUUCUCCAUGUGAUUUAACUUCCUUUAAAAAGAGUUUAAGUGUAUCAACAUGCGCCUGAAGAUGCAUCCAACUGUCACACUGUUUUAUUGCUGCAGGGCUUGGAAAUUGGAAGCUUCUCCUUAAGAAUAAUUGUUUGUUGCUAUAAUAUGGAAGUUUCAUAAGAAUAAUUGUUUGCUUGUUCCUUUGACUGAGAUGGUUUGUUGAGGUUGGGCUAUAUAGCUAAUUAUUUGUGCCGCUGCUUGUCAGUUCAACAAGAGUCAAUUUCCAAUGCCAUAUCGACAUGCUGCUUAAAGACCUACUGUGUUCAGUUUCAGUUUACUCGCAUUAUUAUUGCAGUUUUGGUUUGCUUGGAUAGCCAUGAAUGUAUCAGAUGCAAAAUAAGAUCACACUAUAUUAUCUUGAGGAUGACCUCAAAUGGUUGUCUUCAUUUUAUUAGGAUUACUUCUCAGAAGAGACUCAGUAUUGCUUUGAAUAUUUGUUGGUUUUGACAUUGCCGGUCUUGAAUCUGAGUUUAAUCCUGUCCAUGUUGGAGUUUUCUGUGGUCCAUGAAAGAAGAUGAUUUAGGUGAACUUAUGCUAUUAGGGUUAAUAUUCUUAUUGGGGGCUUACCUUGUUGCCAACUUGAUGUUAUCAUUAUGUCUAUUUGAAGCAGAAUAUUAUAUUCCUUGCUUAUGGCUGUGGCAAAAUUAACAUUUUCCGCGCUGUCAUUCAUUAGUGAUAUUUGGUCUUUUGGAGCAGACUUUCUGUCAGUAGACCACUUAUUAGUUUUCUGGUGUGGACCAUUAGGUUUUAUCAAGCCUAAUCAUUAGGAUUCUAGAUGUGUUUUGCUGUUCUGCUUGAUAGUCAGCUCUAUCAUGUUUGGUGCUUUUUGUAUGUUCAUAAUCAGAUAACUUGUGGACCCAAUAUGUCUCUAUGGAGCAAGUGCUAAUUUAUUAACUAAAAUUGGGUAAUGUUUCAUUUGUAGAGUGCAGUGUCAUUUGCUUGGUUGUAAGGUUGGUUUACAAUGACUCCAUUUCUUGCAAAGAUUGGUUUACAGUUUUUCUUGAAUCAGUCAGAGAGGCACUUUCUACUUGUUUUGGCACUAACUCCUGCUCAGGGAUCUGUGAUUGUUUAACAAGCCACAUCAAUGGUUGUGCUAAAAGUCUUUGGUGUUGAUUCUUCUGCUGAUUUGUACGUUUUUGAUUGGUUAGGCUGUUCUGUGUGGAGAAAUGAAUAGAGACUAGUCAUCUGAUUUUUUUUCUAGUGACAGCUCAUUGACUGAUUUUGCUGCUAAUCGGAGGUUCUGCUUGUCGUUGACAGUGUUGGCUUCUGGUUCUCUCAACUUUUUUGGCUGUUUAGUAUUGAGCAAUCAUAAUCAUUAUUUAAUAAUGCCCAAAAAAUCCUUAUGUUUGUCUUGUUUUUUGAUGUAUUCAUUGUUCAAUUGAUGUAAGUUUCUGGUUCAGUGGUGGAGAUAAUUAAAGGAUGAGCCAUUGGAAGCAGUUGAUCUUCAAAUGAUUCUAAAUGUAUUCAUGGACAUGAUCUGUGCUUUUUGAUGCUUUGAGGUGGUGCAUUUUGGCAUUGUGUCGACUGCUGUUAAGGGAUGAUUUAUGAAACUGGACCGUUAAUCUGAUAUCAUUGGGUAUAAGCAUCCUGCUAACAAGAGCUUAAUUAAGGAUUGAUAAAAUACAAGUUUUGUGAUAUUCAUUUUGGGGCAAUAAUGGUUGCAGAGAUAUGGGCAUCAUCUACUCAUCUCUGAGAUUUAUUAUACUUUUUGCCUUCCUACUGAACUGAGCUUUGCAGUUGCCAUGAAAUUGAUUAUGGUGGAAAGGGAUACAGGUCGGCCUCGUGGAUUUGGAUUCGUGACUUUUGCUGACAGACGUGCAAUGGAGGAUGCUAUUAGUGAGAUGCAUAAUAAAGAAUUGAAUGGUCGGCAAAUAUCAGUCAAUAAGGCCGAGCCAAGGCUGGGGUCAGAUGAUCCAGGCUAUGGUUAUGGUGGUGGCGGCGGCGGCGGUUAUUCUUCUGGCAGUAGGGGAGGUUAUCGUGGUGGUUCUGAUGAUCUUCCUCCAGGUGGCCAGUCUGAUUGUUUCAAGUGUGGACGCCCAGGCCAUUGGGCUCGUGAAUGUCCUUCUGCUGGAGCAGGUGGAGGAGGAAAGUUCUCUUCUCGUUCAAGAAUUGGCAGAGGUGGUGGUGGGGCUAGUCGAGAUAGAUUUGGAGGUGGAGACCGUUAUAGCGAUCGUCACAUGGAUGAUCGGUAUGAUGGAGGUCGUUAUGGAGAUCGAACCCGUCUUGACGGAAGAGAUAGCAGCAGGUAUAGCGGUGGUGGCCGCGAUCGUUAUGCAAGUGAUCAUUACCCGCCUGCUGGUGAUCGCUUUUCUGGUAACAAGUAUGGCAGUGGACCUGACAGAUCUCUACAAGAUGGAUACAGCAAAGAGCGGAGCUUUGACAGGGAUGGAGGCCCACGGGGUGGUGGUGACAGAUAUGGGACUGGGGGAGCUGCAAGAUACGAGGGUGGAGGUGGCGGCGGCGGCUAUCGGGAGAGGCCCGGGCCUUAUGAUCGACCCAGUAAAGCUGGCCGUCCAUCCUAUGAUGAUCGCUAUUGAAAUGUGAUGGCAGUAACUUAUGCAGCAUUAUGUGCUAGUAAAAACUGGAAUGGAACAUCUAUCUAUUUUUGUUUUUAUUAGAAGACCUAUCUUUUAGUAUCUCCUUUGCUCUGGUAAUUUAAAAAGCGUAGCCGUUUUGGAUUGUUAGUAGCUGGAAUUGCAGCAGAUGUUGUAUACUUGUAGUUUUAAGUAUCUGCGAAAUUUAUGCGCUUUGCCAUGUUGAGGUCUGCUUUUCUAUGCAGAGGAUAACUUCAUCAUUUGAUAAAUUUUGCUAGAACUGAUUUCUUGUUA